AUGAACAUGGAAACCAAGACGAACCACGAGCGGAUGGACUCUGCCGACACACUUGCCCAACCUAACAUCGAGACAGAGCUCGGAGCUGAGCGUGAAAAGAUUGAUCCUAAUGCCACCAGGAGGGUGCGCAUAGGGUUUCUUCCAUGGUUGUGUUUGGUCCCAUCUGUACAGGAUCCCCGGUCCUACAGCUCCGGAGUAAAGUGGUUUUUGACCUUCAUCGUUGCUGCCGGUGGUUUAGUCGUUCCGUUGAGCAGCGGUGUCUUGUUCCCCUGCUUGCUUGAAAUCGCUGCCGACCUUCAUACCACCGAAUCUGUUGUCAACCUGUCCUUCGCCUUCGGUUCCCUUGCCGUCGCCAUCACCCCCCUCUGGUGGUCUUACUUUGCUGAACUCUAUGGUCGCCGUCUCGUAUAUCUGCUGUCUUUCUUCUUUCUCGGUCUGUUCUGUAUCCUAGCAGCCAUCAGCCCCAAUAUUGGCAUGUUCAUCGCUAUGCGCCUUCUCGGCAGUGCCUCAAGCGCGUCCCUCCAAUCCGUCAGCGCAGGCACUAUCUCCGACAUGUUUGAGCCGCACGAGCGCGGAAAGGCCAUGGGCGCCUUCAUGCUCGGGCCCAUGCUAGGCCCCAUGUUUGCCCCAAUCAUCGGCGGGACGCUCACGAUGCGUUGGGGUUGGCGCAGCACGCAGUGGUUCAUGGUCAUUUAUGGAUGGGCGGUUUUCAUGGUGAUGGUCUUCUGUCUACCAGAAACAGCCACAAACCUUGCAGAAAAUCAGCGCGAGCACCGCGCUAACGCUAGCAGCCCCGCUAAGAAGGCCAUCCACUUUCUCCUUAAGCCCAUAGAGGCCGCCAAGCUCCUCCAGUACCCGCCUAUCCUAAUCACGGUCUACUAUACAGCGAUAGUGUUUGCUACCUAUUACCUCAUUUGCGUCUCGAUCGAGGAUACCUUUGCCGUAGCCCCGUACUCCUGGAGCCCUGUGAUCGUCGGGGUGGCCUACAUCCCUGGGUAUUUGGGGUUGUUGUUCGGGGCAAUCAUCGGUGGCCGCUGGCAGGAUGCAAUUAUGGCACGCACCGCCCGGAAGGAGGGGCGGUAUGACGAGGCAGGAGAGUUGAUUUUUCAUCCAGUAGAUAGGCUGGGGGAGAAUUGUUUGAUGGCGGGCAUUCUGUUUCCCGGAGCGCUCUUAUGGUGGGGAUGGACGGCCGAGAAGCAAGUCUUCUGGCUGGUGCCGCUGAUCGGAAAUUUCUUCUAUGGCUUCGGUGGAAUGAUUCUUACCAACGUAACCAUGACCAUGCUGACCGAGUUCACCCCAAAGAAAUCGACCGUUGGCGUGGCGGUGAACAAUCUGCUGCGAAACAGCCUGUCGUGUGUUAGUGCGGUCAUCGCUCAACCGCUGUUCGAUGCCAUUGGAACGGGAUGGUCUUUCACAGCCGCUUGUGUCUUCUGUCUGUUGAGUGGCAUUCCGUUGAUCCUCCUACGGAUAAAGCGGGAGGAAUGGAGUCGGAAGAUGAAGGCUACAUUGGGAAGUGACUAA